AUGCACCAGCUGCUGCAGGAGAAAAGCAGUGCAGCACUGCGGCUGGACAGGGAGUGCACGACAGAGGUGGACGGGAGGGCCACCGCAACAGAGUUCGGCGGGAAGCGCGCGACCUGGACGGCCCGGGCGACCGCGACGGAGCUGGGCGAGGAGGGGGCGAGCUGGACGGCGAGGGCGAGCGCGCGGAGUUGGGUGGGGAGGGCGCGCGCGGAGCUGGCCGGGGAGUGGGCGAGCUGGACGGACUUGGGCGGCGGCGGCGGACGAAAGGAUUGGGAUUUGGGCGGGGUCGCAAUUACACAGGUGACGAUGGUGCUGUACGAGACGCUCCGGCUGUACGGCCCGGUCAACACUAUCGUGAGGCAGACGACGACGGACGUGGACCUCUGCGGCGUGAAGGUGCCCAAGGGCACGCACCUGGCGAUCCCGUUCGCGAUGCUCCACCGCGACGAGGAGGUGUGGGGCGCGGACGCCGGCGAGUUCGACCCGCUCCGGUUCCGGGACACGGCGUGGGCAGGGCGGCGGCGGCGGCUGGCCUUCUCCCUGGGCCAACGGUCCUGCAUCGGGAAGGACUUCGCGAUGCUGGAGGCCAAGGUGACGCUGGCGCUGAUCGUGCAGCGGUUCGCCUUCGAGGUGGCGCCGGAGUACGUGCACGCGCCGGCCGCCCUCCUGACUGUGCAGCCGUCGAAAGGGCUCCCCGUCGUGCUCAGGCUCUUGGAUGCGCACACUUUGGCCAGCUGA